AUGCCAUAUCAUGUAUAUAAGGCCAUCACUACACAACCGCUACGAAAGAUUCAUCAGCCUCUUAAAGGAUGGCUCGCAGACAAGGCAAUUCAUCCUGUUGGAUGUGUUUGCCUUCCAACCCAGUACAAGAACCGAAAAAUAGAUCUGCUGUACCUUGUUGUGCAUGGAGAGUUUACACCCCUGUUGAGUUGUGAAGCCUGCCUAGACUUAGAGGUGCUCAAGUUUAUGAAUCUUGACCUGAUAGACACACCAGAAAGACUGGCCGAGGAGACCACACAAGGGAAUGGCAACAAGCCGAAUGCAGAAUUGUUGGUAGAAGAUCCGGUUCUAUCCCAGUACCAAGAUUGUUUUAGUAACAAACCGGGAAGACUGCCAAACAAGGUACACCUAGAGAUAGAUCCAUCAGUGCCUGCAGUAGUCCACCCCCCUAGGAAGAUCCCCAUAUCCCUGCUUGAACCGACAAGAGAAAAACUCCAAGAGAUGGAACAAGAUGGGAUUAUCGUUAAAGAAGAAGAGCACACACCGUGGGUGUCUUCAAUGUUGGUUGUUGACAAACGAAAAGAGAAGGACAGAGCCAACCCACCAUCUAAAGACAGUGUCCGUAUCUGCAUCGAUCCCAGGGAUCUGAAUAAGGCCCUCAAGAGGCCACACUACCCCAUGGUCACUGUUGAGCAAGUUGCCAAUCGCCUUUCUGGAGCUACAAUGUUCACCACACUGGAUGCAUGCAGUGGAUACUGGCAGGUGGAGGUAGAUGAGGAAAGCUCGAAACUUCUGACAUUCAACACACCUUGGGGACGGUAUAGAUUUACACGGCUGCCAUUUGGAAUUUCAUCUGCUCCUGAGAUAUACCAACGAGAGAUGGACAGGCUCUUCACUGGAGUUGCAGUUGAAAUAAUUGUUGAUGAUUUUUUAAUCCAUGGAAAAGAUAUAAGUGAUGUUGAUAGGAAGAUGAUAGCAGUACUUGAAAGAAGCAGAGAGGUGGGCCUGAAAUUUAAUCCAAAGAAGAUCAAGCUUCGAGUUCCAGAAGUAAGCUAUGUCGGACAUGUGUUCACAUCCGAGGGUUUGAAACCAGAUCCUGAGAAAGUGCGUGCAAUUAGUGAGAUGCCACCCCCAUCAGACAAAGAUGGCGUGCAGCGAUUCUUAGGAAAAAUCAACUACUUGGACAAGUUCAUUGAACACAAAGCUGAUCUGCAAGGCCCAAUCUCCCAGCUGACCCAGCAAGUAGCAGUUUUCACCUGGGAGAAGCCUCAACAAGAGGCAUUCGAGAAGCUCAAAGCUGUGAUCACCCAUGCACCAGUGUUGGCCUAUUUUGACAAUCACAAACAGACCAUUCUGAAUGUAGAUGCGAGUAGCACUGGCCUUGGUGCAGUCAUCAUCCAAGAGGGUAAGCCGAUUGCCUUUGGUUCAAAGACUUUGUCGUCUUGUGAGCAGAGAUAUGCUAACAUUGAAAGAGAGUUGUUAGCUAUACUAUGGGGAGCAGACAAGUUCCACACGUAUGUAUAUGGCAGGAGAGUGAUUGUAGAAACUGAUCACAAACCAUUGGAGGCAAUUUUUAGGAAGCCCCUAAAUGAAUGCCCACCACGAUUGCAGAGAAUGCUUCUGAAGCUAACCAAGUAUGAUUUGGAUGUGAGAUAUGUCCCAGGCAAGAAACAAAUCAUCUCUGAUUGUUUGAGUAGAGCCCCACUCACUGACACUACGCCAGUAAGUGAACCAGAGGAUGUGAUUGGAAUCAAUCUGAUUGAAAAUCUGGGAAUUGAGAAUUCCACAUUAAAGAAAUUCAGAGAUGCAUCAAGUAACGAUGAAACCUCAAGAGUAGUAAUGGAAUAUGUCCUAGAGGGUUGGCCAGAAGACAAGGAUCAGGUUGACGAACUGGCAAGAGAAUACUGGAAUUACAAGGAAGAGCUUAGUGUUGAAGAUGGUUUGCUGUUCAAAUCUGAUAGAAUUGUAGUACCAAGAUCCAUGAGAGCUGAAGUACUUGAAGAUAUACAUGGAGCACACAUGGGUGAGAGUAAGAGUCUGAGUUUGGCAAGAGACUAUGUCUUUUGGCCCUCCAUGACUGCCCAUAUUAAGGACCGAGUACGUUCAUGUCAGAUUUGUAAUGCAUUCCGCAACCAACAGCAGAGAGAAACCCUACAUCCACAUGACCUUCCAGGUCUACCGUGGCAGGUUGUUGGAACUGACCUUUUUGAAUUUGCUGGCCAUUCCUACUUGAUUGUGGUUGAUUUCUAUUCGAAGUAUUUUGAAGUUGAACUACUUCGGCAGUCCACUGCCAUGUGUGUUGUCAACACCUUGAAGCAAAUCUUUGCAAGAUUUGGCAUUCCAGCCAAAGUGAUCAGCGACAAUGGCCCACAAUACAGUAACACCCGCAAUAUUUUCAGUACUACCCAUGAGUUUAAGCAGUUUGCAGAAGCUUGGGGAUUCCAGCAUGUAACCAGCUCACCCGAGUAUCCCCAGUCCAAUGGUGCUGCGGAACGAGCUGUCCAGACUGCAAAGCGAAUCUUUAAGAAAGCAGCAGCAGAGAAUAAAGACCCAUUUGAAGGUUUAUUAAAGUAUAGAAAUACACCUUUUGACGACAUAGGUGUCUCACCUGCCCAACUACUCAUGAGUAGGCGUACACGUUCAACACUACCUACCCAUCGACGUUUGUUGGUACCUCACCCAGUAGACCCUCACAGAGUGGUAAAAGCAUUAGCCCAUCGACAAGCAAGUUCACAGAUGAGCUAUGAUCAACACAGCCGGGACCUUCCCCCUUUGGAAGUUGGGGACAAAGUUAGAGUUCGUGUAAACAAAGAUAAAGAAUGGUGUAAAGCAGAAGUCCUGCCAAGGUCAUAUGUAGUUGAAGAUGAGAAAGGACGUGUAUUUCGAAGAAAUCGAAGGCACAUCAUUUCUGUCCCGAAGGACACACCCAUGAAUCCGAAGAUGCCAGUGGCUCCCACAUACAUGAGUCCUCAACCUCAAGUGGUCGCUAGGAAUGCGCAGAUCAAUGAACCGCCAAGUCCAUUGAAAGUACAGGAAGAUCAGAGAGAAACAGAAGCACAUUCACCCAUCAGAACAAGAGCUGGUCGUGAAGUGAAGAAGCCACAAAGACUUAUUGAACAAUGUUAA